GUUAGACGCGGCUUGACUCGGGUGCGCAGCGGCCGCAGUUGAAGCGGACAAGGAGCAGGAAAAUAUGCGGAUAAACGGCAUCCUACUAUCAAAACGGACUGUAUAAUGAACUUUUAUCGCUUGGCAGUUGUGCUGGGAGCGUUAGUGUGUGUGUGUGAUGGUGUGCACGUCAUAGCACGGGAGAAGCAGCGGAUCAGGAUCCUCUUCCAGUCCGUAGUCCUUCCUUGCGAGUACCAAACGCACUCCAAGCAAACCCCGAUGGUGCAGUGGUGGUACAAGUCCUACUGUCGGGACCGCACACGGGACGCCUUCAGCCUGCGGGAAACUCUGGGCGUCCAGGCCUCCGAGCUGGGAGCCACGGCCCACCUGGAGUGCUCCGACAGCAGCCGCACCGUCCGACCUGUGGCUUCGACGCAGGGGACCUCUGUGACCCUGGGAGCUCAGUACAAAGGCCGAGACAUUUCCAUCGAUAACAAAGCUGACCUUCGUAUCGGUGAGCUGCAGUGGGGUGACAGCGGAGUGUACUUCUGUAAAGUGACCAUCGCUGACGAUGUGGAGGGAACCAACGAGGACCAGAUAGAGUUACUGGUGCUUGGCAGGACAGGUGAGCAGGAUGAUCUUCUGCCUGAGUUUGAGCUGCAGAUUAUGCCAGAAUGGGCGUUUGUGGGCUCCGUGGUCCUGGGUGGUGUUCUGUUCCUGUUGCUGUUGGGGGUCUGCUGGUGUCAGUGUUGUCCUCACUCGUGCUGCUGCUACGUCCGCUGCUGCUGCUGUCCUGACACCUGCUGCUGCCCGCGACACCUUUAUGAAGCAGGGAAGAUGGCCAAGAGCCGACAGGCUGCUCCAGUUCCUGUGUAUCCGUACUACAUUCCUGCUGUACCGACUGUGGUCCCUCUUGCUCCUUCAUCCCAUCUGGACCCAAAGAUCUCCUCAAUCACCUCAACGGAAAAUAACCUGAAUGGAGUGCGGAGUGGUUACCGACUGACCACGAGCCCAGACCAGGACUCAAAGAAAAUUCUGUACUACAUAGAGAAGGAGCUGGCUCACUUUCCACCCAACAAGAUGGCUUCACUUAAAUCCAUCAGUUUGUCAGAGCUGAGCUCACUUCACGAUGGAGGGAACACGGAUUUUAGAAACAACUACCAAGCGGUGCAGAUGAAGGCACUUCCACCCAUCGCAGACCAGGAUGCCACCCUUAGAGCCCCUCCACCCACGCAGAGUCGAAGGGCCAGGCAUAACAAAGGCAAUCACUCUGAUGAUGAACUGGAACGCAGGUGGAACCCUCGUUCAGAGCACCUGCAGAGGAAGACGCUGAGCAGGCGAGGGCGCACCGGCUCCCUGGAUGAGCUGGAGGAGUUCGCCCUGUCUUACAGCUCUCGUGGUCGUCGACCUGAGCCUCCGGACCGGUUCUAUGAGCGGGACUACAGCCCUCCCAGGCGCUUCCAACGGGAUGAAGAGGACGACUGGGACCGCCGCAGCCUCUCACCUCAGCAGAAGAGGAGGGACACGUGGGACAGUGACCGUCCUUCUCGAAAGGCCCUGAGCAAAAGUUACGAUGAUGGCUUCCUCACAGGCGUGCUGGAGAGGAAGAUGAGAGGGCGGGGAGUGGACAGGGGGGCUGGGAGACAAGAUGAGGACAGUGACACUCCUUCUAAGGGCAGCUCCAGAGGAAAGGGCAGUGAUAGUUACUACAGCCGGUCGCCAUGCAACCGUCCAGACGAGGAGGACUCUUUGCCUCCGUACUCUGAGCGGGAGGCAGAGCGACACCGCAGGACUGAGCUGGCCACAAGCCGGCACCACACCGCAGAUCCUCCCAGAUCAGAGAGAGGCAGAACCAUAGACCUGGCUAUGAGGCCCUUCUCUUACACCCGUCCCCAUCAGGGAGUGUCCCAGACGCUACAGGGGAGCAGAGAGGAGCGGGACAGAAACAGAAACCUGAGCACCGCACUGAGCAGGGAUUCUCUCAUAGUGUGACGAGGCGUUCGAGCCUCGACCUGCACGGCUGCAGCUACGCACGAGAAGCUAACAGACCCACCAUCAGUUGCAUGAAGCCCGGCUCACUUCCCUCAAAUAACCUCA